UCCACUGGUGGUGGCGCCGCCAUCAACAGGGCGAAUGCCGCCACCCCUACCGAACCCCAAUCUAUCAUGCCCAGGGACUUGCAAGCUGCGCUGAGCAUUCGACCCUUCCUCUUAGCCAAGGCCAAGUUCUUACGUAUUUGUGCUGAGGUGCGUGCAAAGGGGUACCGAAAUGUCGAUAAAGAGUUAGGUCACGCCUACCAGAAUCAUCUAGUUCGGUACCUGCUACACGUCUGCCUCCAACUGAGACCGCUAGUUUUUCAACUCACCGCAUCCACCACUAAGGCUGAGAAAGUGUACAAGGCUAUGCUGGACCAACUGGCAGGUGUCACGGGUCCACGUAUACGGGAGUUCCUCUGGGCUGCCUUGGACUUCUUAGCCCAGUAUCCAGAUGACGAUCUAGCCUCGGCUGCCUUCCUGCUAGACCGCAUGUGCGCGCCCGUGUGCCCCAUAUCCACUGAUCUGCCGCCUUUCCCGGUCAGUCUGUCGGUGUGGGGAAAUCAAGAGGACUAUCUGUUUGUGCGACGACUACGGGAAGUAGUAAGGUGCCUAGACCCACAGAAGACGCCACUGCCAUCUCGCCAAAUCCAGCCUAACCGUCGCUUCAUCCUUGCUGGUCCCCCCGCCAAUAGCAUAAUGGAGUUGAUCUAUCGUAUACCGGGUCUUGAGGAGGACAAUCUGCCCUACGUGGAACAACUGACCACCCCACCUGUGCCCGUUGAGCAGUACUCCCACCUGGCGAUUUUAGCUGAGCACCCCUUCGGACUGAGAGGUAUUCUUAGUCGUCUGACAACCGUGCGAGACGCCCUCAAGGGCCGUGAGCUGCUGGUAGUUAGUAUGCAUAUCCUAGAGUACUGUCUGAAGAUACCAGAAUGCCAAAAACGCUUGCUCGAUCCCGAACUGCAGUAA